AAUUUUAAUUAUAUCGUUGUACUUAUUAGUAUGAUUGCAGCUUUGGGCUUGAUGGAAAAUAGUUCGGUUGUUUUGGUUGCUAGUAUGCUUAUUUCACCUUUAAUGGGACCAAUUUUGGCAGGAACUUUUGGAGCUGUUAUACAAGAUAAAUCUCUUAGAAAUCUUGGAAUAAAAACUGAAAUCGUUGGUCUUGUUUUAUGCCUUCUGUUUGGUUUCGUAUUUGGAUUAAUUUGUGCAAACUUCAGCAGUAAAUGGGGACAAGGUGAUUGGCCCACAACCGAAAUGGCGGCGAGAGGACAAGGAAGAUCUUUAUGGGUAGGAGCUCUCAUAGCUUUACCAUCGGGAGCAGGAGUGGCCCUCUCUGUAUUAGGUGGUAAUGCUGGAUCAUUGGUAGGUGUGGCAAUAUCUGCAUCGUUGUUACCACCAGCCGUAAAUGCUGGAUUACUUUGGGCCGUGUCUGCCGUGAAAGUUCAGAGGUCAAUGACAGAAUUUCCUAUUCUUUUUAAAAAGGAUAACAUUUCAAGAAUGAUAAAGCCAUCGUUGAUCCCCCCAGAAGGAUAUCACGUGGAAUAUUUUGAUACCAUGGAGAAAGAAUGCGCCGUUUUAGGCGUUGUUAGCCUACUACUUACUUUAGUAAAUAUAUUAUGCAUUUUCUUGAUGGCUGUCUUAGUUUUAAAGUUUUCUACUUUGCAAAAUGCUGAAAAUGUCUGA